ACCUUUAAAUCAAAUACAUGUCGUUGGAAUUCUACUUAGAAUUGCUGAGAACAAUUCUAAUUGAUAUUACAAAAAAUGUCUAAAAGAAGAUAACAAACCUCAAUUUGAGCCAGCAAUAUUCCUUGUCAGCGGAUUAAAAGGAUAGCAUUCAAUAUGGCGACUACAGUUGUAAGAUUUCGCGGGUUUGAACUUCUCGCAAGAAAUCAUAGACUCCUACUUACCCGAUGGAAGUCGUUCGGGGAUUUAGGUUUGCAUGAAAACUUAGUGGCAAGGCUCCGCGCUUUAAAAAUCCAAUAUCCAUCAGAAAUACAAACAAAGGCAUUACCAAUCGUUUCCGUUGGGGGAAACACUGUUAUUAAUGCAGAGACAGGCAGUGGAAAAACUCUAUGUUAUCUACUACCCAUUGUCAAUAGAUUGCUAACCAAUCCAAGCAUCUCAAGGACUUCCCCAUAUGCACUGAUACUCCUGCCGACUGUGGAACUUUGUCAUCAGGUAGAUGAGGUACUGAAGAGUAUUGCUGGACCAGACAUCACCUCCUGUGUCGUACAUCAUGACUCAAGAUUACACGUCAAUCAUCCCAUCAUCAUGGCUAUCCCAGGAGCCCUGCUUAGUUACCGUAUGCAAAGUCUAGACCCUGUUAAGGUUGUUGUAACAGAUGAAGCAGACUUUCUCACAACAAGUGGAGGGAAAGAUGUGUGGAGAGUGCUUAAUUAUAUGAAAUAUGGAGAACAUAGAAAGAUGAAGAAGAAGAACUAUGCUGUCACAAAAAGACUAGAUAAACGUAAACGUGAAGGGCUAACAGAUAGACAAUUCGUAUUUGUUGCUGCAACUUUGCCAUCAAGGGGCAAAAAGGCAAGCUACAAUGUCUUAAAGCAUUGGCUCCCCAAUUGUCAAAUGAUUAACUCAGAGAUUGCUCACCAGAAACUUCCAACUGUUGAUUUUGAAUAUCGAAGGGUUGAAAAUGAUUCAAAGCUUAACGAGCUUUUAGUGUGCCUUGAUUCUUUGCUGAGGGAUUCGUUGGAACAUGAAAAUGAGAUGGAAGAUCAGAAGAAAAAUACAAAUCGAAAGCUGCGGGUUCUGGUUUUUGCGAAUACAGCUAAGCAUGCUUCUAAGGCAUGUGCCUUUUUAACUGGGACUGAGAUUAAAGAAGAAAAAGAGGUCAUUGAAGCUCAGCUUCCAGAGUCUUAUAACUCGAGGACCAUCAAGGAUGGGUUAGAAUAUAUUAAGGUCCCUUCAAGCGGUGGCCACACAUCGGAAACAUCAAACUCUGACAAUUCAAAGCGAAUUAGUGAUACAAAUGUCAUAAACUUAUACAAAGAAAUAUGCGCUGAGCUACAUGGACACGUGCCAUUGCAUCAGAGAGUCCUCUCACUGGAAAAGUUUAAAAACGGUGAAAUUCAGGUUCUCAUAUGCACAGAUAUCGCGUCACGUGGUCUCGAUAUACCGAAUGUGACUCACGUGAUUCAGUUGGACUUUGCCACCGACGCUGCGCAGAUGCUUCAUCGAGUUGGACGCACUGCACGCGCAGGGUCUCAUGGGAAAGUUGUCAACUUCAUAACGAAGGAUGAUGAAGAGUUGGUGAAUGCUCUCCGAGCGUGUGAUAACAACUCGAAUGAAAAAACUUACGAAAACAUAUUUAGUCGGAAUAGGAUGUUCCGACGUCGAUUGCUGGCGCGCAACUUGACGAAGGCAUAACGAAUGCCCUUGGAAAUUAUGACUCGGCAACUCAACAAAGGUUACCUAAACGCGAAUGAUGCCGAGAAGAUUGGCGAAGACAUUUAACGAAUGCUCUCCGAGUAUCUCCGAGAAUGAGACCCGAAAGCAUGAAUGAGGUUACCAAUGCGACUGAUGCCGAGAAGAUUAACGAAGACAUUUAACGAGUGCUCUCCGAGUAUCUCCGAGAAUGAGACUCGAAAGCAUGAAUGAGGUUACCUAAACGCGACUGAUGCCGAGAAGAUUGGCGAAGACAUUUAACGAGUGCUCUCCGAGUAUCUCCGAGAAUGAGACCCGAAAGCAUGAAUGAGGUUACCAACGCGACUGAUGCCGAGAAGAUUGGCUAAGACAUUUAACGAGUGCUCUCCGAGUAUCUCCGAGAAUGAGACUCGAAAGCAUGAAUGAGGUUACCUAAUGCGACUGAUGCCGAGAAGAUUAACGAAGACAUUUAACGAAUGCUCUCCGAGUAUCUCCGAGAAUGAGACUCGAAAGCAUGAAUGAGGUUACCUAAAUGCGAAUGAUGCCGAGAAGAUUGGCUAAGACAUUUAAUGAAUGCUCUCCGAGUAUCUCCGAGAAUGAGACUCGAAAGCAUGAAUGAGGUUACCUAAAUGCGACUGAUGCCGAGAAGAUUAACGAAGACAUUUAACGAGUGCUCUCCGAGUAUCUUCAAGAAUGAGACUCGAAAGCAUGAAUGAGAUUACCUAAAUGCGAUUGAUGCCGAGAAGAUUGGCGAAGACAUUUAACGAGUGCUCUCCGAGUAUCUCCGAGAAUGAGACUCGACAACACAGUGAGCUUACCUAAGUGAGACUGAUACUGCAAAGUUAGCGAAGACAUAACGAGUGCUUUCCGAGAGUGCCACGGCGAAAUAAAUUCGAAAAUAUAUCCAUUCAAUCAGAUUUCCUUUCAAAAUUUGCGCAUUGCCCAUUACCAAUAAAAAAAGGAAAUACCACAA